AUGGAAAUGGACUGGCAAUCUGGAAAAUCAUUAAAAGAGAGAAUGAAAUUGAUGUUGGAAAAACAGUUAAUGUGUGAUGUAAUCUUUUUAGUUGGAGAAAAUGCUGAAAUUAUCUGUGCUCAUACGUACAUGUUGGCCAGUGCAAGCAGUGUGUUUUACACUAUGUUUGAAGGCUCAUGGGCAGAGAAAGGAAAGGUGACCAUACCUGAUACUCAGCCGAAUGCUUUUAAGUUGCUGUUGAAAUUUAUUUACACAGAUGAUGUGGAGAUAAAUUUUGAUAAUGUGGAGAGUUUGUUGCUUGCUGGAGAUAAGUACUUCAUCCAGGUGCUGAAGGAUAAAUGUGUUUGCUUUUUAAAGAAAUAUUUGAACACAGAUUAUGUGUUCACUGUUCUUAAAAUAGCUUUUGGCAUGAAUAUGGAAGAAUUGAAGUCUUAUGCAUUAGAUUAUAUUUUGAGAAAUGGACACAACUGCUUAUAUUCAAUUUCUUUUGUGAAAUUACCAAGAGAAUAUGUGAAACAUAUUAUCAAAUCUGAUACAUUGAGAUGCAAGGAAGAACAUGUUUAUGAGCAAAUGGUUAGAUGGGCAAAAUUUAGAUGUACCAAACAACAAUUACCAACGACAUAUUACAACGUCAGGGUAUGUCUUGGUGAUUUGUUAUAUCUGAUCAGAUUCCCCACAAUGGAACAAGAUUAUUUUACUGAUAAUGUUUCGAACAGCGGCUUACUGACAUCAGCUGAGACAAUCAAUGUUUUUCAUUCCUUUACCAAUAAUCGGAACACAACGACAUAUUCAGGAUCUAACGAUGUAACAAUCAGUAUUUUACUUGGAGAUUCUCUACUCAGUACCACAAAAAGAGAGCUGAAGUCUGAGAUGAGUCUUUUGAAGACACAACUGGUGUCUGGCUUACAAAAUAACGGCUAA